UAUUGCUUUAUAUUGUAUGUCUAUGUUAUUGCUUUGUAUUCGAAUUUAUAAUGAAGAAACAUAAAGAAAACCUAUUUUCUACGAAGUUUCGCUUAUUGAAUUCUCAAGAUUAUUCAGAAGAGAUAAUCUGGUCAUCAAGUGACUCCAGCGAGUUCGAAGAUGCCGACAACAAAGCGAAUUUCAAUAACAUAACCAACAAGAAACUAAAUCGUAAAAGAAAACGCAAAUCAAAGGCUCCCAGCAACGUUUCUAACUUAGAUAUCACUAUAAUUGACGUAACUAAAGAUACAGAUGGUGAUAAAUCGCCAGUUUUAACUUGUAAAACUAAAUGUAAGCCGAUUGAAAAUGUUCUUGAUAAAACGUAUUCGUUACCAAAAUCAGGUGAAUAUUACAACGGUAAGCCUAAUCUGAUGUCACCUGUGCUGUGUACUGGUGCACAUAGCGCUAAUAUUAGCAUGAAAAGUCCUGUAAUAGCUCAGAAAUUUGCAUCACCGGUUCACAGUCCUAAGGUGAGAAAAGCAUUAUUUAGUGAAAGUAAGAAGGCUAAUAAAAUCCAAACAGAGAAAAGGAGGAUUUCUCCUGUACUUAGUCACUAUUUUCCACGUGACCGAAGAAAAAUACAAGAUGAUGACAUCAAGUUAGAAAUUGAAAAUACUCAAAUUAUAGAAACACAGAAUUCUUUACAGUUAGAAGACAGGUUACAUAGUAAUGAAAGUUCAAAGAGCUCUGGUAAAGUAGAAUUAAUAAAAAAAGUUAAAUCUUUUUUUGAAAAUCAGUUUAGUUCUGAAAAUUGUUCACAAGUUUCAAUUUCCGAUACUCCUACACCACAGAAUACCUCAAAUGAUGAUGUAGAAAUAAUAUCCAUAACUCAGAUGACUUCAACUGAAAGUAGCUUAAGAACAGUAAAACACACAAAUUCUACAGACAAUUCUACGAUAGAAGCAGAAAAAUCUAAGAAAAUAAGAUAUAAGAAAGAUGGUCUCGCAUAUAGACUGUGUUCACUUUUAAAAAAACACAGUGCUAACAUUUCUCUAUGGCAACAUGAACGGUUCCUGGCUGAAAAUUCAAAUUUCAAAAUUCCCAAAGGAGAACACUUGGUGUUCCGAAUUCAAAAAGUUGAAUUCAAAUAUGGAAGCUAUCUACUGGACACUAUGGAUAUACAUGAUGAGGUGUUUUUAAUUUUUAUUAACAAUAGUUGUGUAAAUAAUUGUGUUUUUAGUGUAGAUAGUAUUUUCAAGUUGUAUGAGCCUUACCAAGUAUUUAAUUUUGGUGAGAAAAGGUUAAUAGUUAAUGUUUGUAAAUUUGAAUGUAUUACUAUAGAUUUAUAACUAAAUAAUCGUAAGCCAAGUAGUAUCCUAUAUCCUACUCCAGAGGGCCUACUACAAAAUUUAGAUUUUUUUCAGAAGGCUCACUUUUCAUACUUUGUCAAAGAACAAGAAAAAUGUGUCAAAUUCUAUGUUUAAAUCCAAACAAAGUAACCCAAUUUAAUCACUUGAUUAUGUUCAUAGAUGGGCCUGUGCAUACCACUUUUAAGUUUAUAGCAAUUAUAGCUAUGUUACCUUACUGUACCUGACAAAAGUUACAAGGGUCCAUUUUGUUAUUAAGUGAUUGUUAUCAGCUUUCCUUAACUUGUUAAUAUUUAUGAAUGUAUUUGUAAUUAUGUACAUAAAAACCAUUUGAAUAGAGAA